CGUAUCAGCAAGAACAUUCGCUUUUGAACGGAUCACUGAAUAUGAAAAACAUGUCACAAACCUCCCUGGAGGAAAAUUUGGAUAUCGAACCACCAGUUCCGGGCACUGAAGAAGUUCCACAAAAACGGUUUAAGCUAUUAGAAAAGAGAUCAACUGGUUCGUUACCGCUAGCGGAGUUGCACAAGCCAAAUAAUGCUGUAACCGUUGCCUUCACGGUUACAUGAUGCAAAUUAGGUGCGACCUGUUACUUUUUCUUGGCAACGCAUGCUCGACCCUAUUGAAGCAUCUUGAGAUUGAGAACUCACUUAAGACUUUCUGCUGUUUAAUAUUUUGACUUGUAUGCCACAGAGGAAGCUGAAACUUAUAAUGAUCUUAUUCAAUCUGGCGAAGUUGUUACAGGUCCUGGUGCUAGAAGUAACACCAUUGCAGGAAUCUUGGGCGGUGCUCUCCCAAAACUUUCAACCGAUCAGAGUGACACGGUGAACAGGGCUAAGAAAUAUGCUAUGGAACAAAGUAUUAAAAUGGUUCUCAUGAAGCAAACCCUUGCACAUCAACAGCAACAAAUGGCAAGUCAGAGGACUCAGGUCCAGCGACAACAGGCUCUCGCCCUUAUGUGCAGGGUGUAUGUUGGAAGUAUCAGUUUUGAGUUAAAAGAAGACACCAUUCGACAAGCAUUUCUGCCGUUUGGACCUAUCAAAUCAAUUAAUAUGUCAUGGGAUCCCAUCACACAAAAGCAUAAGGGCUUUGCCUUUGUCGAAUACGAAAUUCCAGAAGCAGCUCAAUUGGCACUCGAACAAAUGAAUGGCGUAAUGAUUGGCGGAAGGAACAUCAAAGUUGUCGGUAGGCCAAGUAAUAUGCCGCAAGCUCAGACUGUUAUCGAUGAAAUUCAAGAGGAAGCCAAAAGCUACAAUAGGAUAUAUGUCGCUUCAAUUCAUCCGGAUUUGACGGAAGAUGAUAUCAAAAGUGUGUUCGAAGCAUUUGGUCCCAUUAUCUACUGUAAACUCGCCCAGGGAAGUUCAGCGCAUAAACAUAAAGGUUACGGAUUUAUAGAAUACGAAAGCUGUCAGGCUGCUAAUGAGGCAAUUGCGAGCAUGAACCUUUUCGAUUUGGGUGGCCAAUAUUUAAGGGUGGGUCGUGCGAUCACCCCACCGAAUGCACUUAUGGGACCCUCCUCGGGAUCCAGCCUUAUGCCAACGGCUGCAGCGGUUGCAGCCGCCGCCGCAACGGCGAAAAUACAAGCAAUGGAUGCUGUUGCGAGUAACGCAGUUGCGCUUGGAUUGUCGAAAUUAAGCCAAUCGCCUGUUAUUCCACCACCAUCGACUGCAGUUUUACCUCCUCCGGGCGUAGCAAUUCCACAACUAGUACCACAAACCGCUUCACCACCUUCCCAUGCAGCUCCUGUGAUUACCGCAGUUCCUGCAGCUCCCGCAGUUAGCAUUCCACCACCAACAGUAGUAACCCCCACUUUAGCGCAGCAGUCUACUAAAAGCGUAAACAGUGCCGCUCAAGAGGCAAUGAAAAAAGCUCAAGAAGCACAAAUGAAACAGCAGGAAGAAUUACAGAAGAAGUUACUUGAUCAGAAUGAACCACAGACUUUACAACAGCAGGAAAAUAUGUCAAUUAAGGGACAAAAUGCGAGACACCUUGUUAUGCAAAAGUUAAUGCGUAAAGUUGAUUCAAAAGUUGUGAUAUUAAGGAAUAUGGUCGGUCCUAACGAUGUUGAUGAAACAUUGCAGGAUGAAAUUCAGGAAGAAUGCAGCAAAUUUGGAGCUGUAGAGAGAGUAAUUAUUUAUAAUGAAAAACAAUCGGAAGAUGAUGAAUAUGCAGAAAUCAUAGUGAAAAUAUUUGUUGAAUUUACGGAAACUAUAGAAGCUGAGAAGGCGCGAGACGCUUUAAAUGGCAGGUAUUUCGGAGGAAGAAUGGUACAAGCGGCGCUUUAUGAUCAAACGUUAUUCGACCAUAGCGAUUUAUCUGGUUAAUUUGUUACUGAUGUUUUAAAAUUUUUUUACUGCUCGAGGCUGUUGCAGAUAAAUGGUUUUUUUUUAAUUAACCAAAUGACAAUGAGUAUUUUGACAGCGCUUUUCAUUAGUUUUUCAUUCAUGUUUUUUUUACAGCGUUUUAUUUUCGCAUGUUUCUCUAAUCUUCCACUUAAAGUGAAUAUUUUAAGACAUCUGUUUGCAACAUUAAUUAGACUAUUGUACAUAAAUCUACUUAGUAUAUCAUUGUUUUGUAUUUAAUACGCAUACAUAUUUUUAAUAUACAUAGUUGAAUUUGUUUAUCGGAAAGCUACUGCCAAGAUGUAUUUUAUAUAAAUUAAAAAUUACGUGUUGGUUUUUGAUUUAAUGUACUAUUUAUUUCAUUUGUAAUUAUACCUUUAAGCAGUACAAUAAUUAUAAUUAGGUAGA